AUGGUUGGUGGUUCAGUUAGCGGAGGAGUUUCUCGCAAUCAAUCAAUUCUACGUUACCUAGCUGUUGAUCCAGAAACCUAUCCAUUAAUGGGUGUACUUGCAGUAAUCUUUGGUGUCGCUGGCUACACGAUGGGACGCAAGUUUACCAGAGUCGAUAAAGAUAAAGAUGUGGAUGCAAAUGCGGUUAAUGUCCUAAAAACUCCUCGUACUUAUUAUUGGCAUCGUAGUACUGGUUACGGGAAGCCCAGCAACAUGAAUGAUAAAGAUUCUAGAGAAAGUUCACUAAAUUCACCGGCCCCCCCUAGCGAAUAUAAGAUCCGUGUUAAUUUACCGAAUGAUUUAGCCGAAAAACUUCCAAAAA